GCCAGAAGGCGCAGCGCGGGUAAAGGGGCCGCUCCGAGCGGUGGGAGCGUUUAGCAGUCGCGCACCGCCUCGCGCUGUCCUGCUGCCCACCCCUCCCCCUGCCCGCCGCCGUCACCUGGGAAACCGGCCGCGACCGCCAGCCUAUCCGAACCUGAUUUCAUGGCAGCCGUGAAGGAAGCAGUUUUGGGGCCUUUGGUGGGGGCGGUGGAUCAGGGCACCAGCUCCACGCGGUUUUUGGUGUUCAAUUCAAAAACAGCUGAACUACUUAGUCAUCAUCAAGUGGAAAUAAAACAAGAGUUCCCAAGAGAAGGAUGGGUGGAGCAAGACCCUAAGGAAAUUCUGCAGUCUGUCUAUGAGUGUAUAGAGAAAACAUGUGAGAAGCUUCGAGAGCUCAAUAUUGAUAUUUCCUACAUAAAAGCUAUUGGUGUCAGCAAUCAGAGGGAAACCACCGUCGUCUGGGACAAGUUGACUGGAGAGCCACUCUACAAUGCUUUGGCCGCUCCAGUUUCUCCUGACCGCUCGGUUGGAUUUGCCGUUGUUGCCUCUGGCUCUCCAGUUCCAGCUGCCGCUACUUCCUCAGUGUGGCUUGAUCUAAGAACCCAGCCUACCGUUGAUUGUCUUAGGAGAAGAAUUCCAGGAAAUAAUAACUUUGUCAAGUCCAAGACAGGCCUUCCAAUUAGCACUUACUUCAGUGCUGUGAAACUUCGUUGGCUCCUUGACCAUGUGAGAAACGUCCGAAAAGCUGUUCAAGAAGGUAGAGCUCUUUUUGGGACCAUUGAUUCAUGGCUUAUUUGGAGUUUGACAGGAGGAGCCAAAGGAGGUGUCCAUUGUACAGAUGUAACAAAUGCCAGUAGGACGAUGCUUUUUAACAUUCAUUCUUUGGAAUGGGAUAAAGAGCUCUGCGACUUUUUUGGAGUUCCAAUGGCGAUUCUUCCCAAUGUCCGGAGUUGUUCUGAGAUCUAUGGCCUCAUGAAAAUCUCUCAUAGCCUGAAAGCUGGGGCCUUGGAAGGUGUGCCAAUAUCCGGGUGCUUGGGAGACCAGUCUGCUGCAUUAGUGGGACAAAUGUGCUUUCGGGAUGGACAAGCCAAAAACACGUAUGGAACAGGCUGUUUCUUACUUUGUAAUACAGGCCAUAAGUGUGUAUUUUCUGACCAUGGCCUUCUGACCACGGUGGCUUACAAACUAGGCAGAGACAAGCCGGUAUAUUAUGCACUGGAAGGUUCUGUCGCUAUAGCUGGUGCUGUUAUUCGCUGGCUGAGAGACAAUCUUGGAAUUAUAAGUACCUCAGAGGAAAUUGAAAGACUUGCUAAAGAAGUAGGUACUUCUUAUGGCUGCUACUUUGUCCCAGCAUUUUCAGGGUUAUACGCACCUUAUUGGGAGCCCAGUGCGAGAGGGAUCAUCUGUGGUCUUACUCAGUUCACCAAUAAAUGUCAUAUUGCUUUUGCUGCAUUAGAAGCUGUUUGUUUCCAAACUCGAGAGAUUUUGGAGGCCAUGAACCGCGACUGCGGAAUUCCACUCAGCCAUCUGCAGGUAGAUGGAGGAAUGACCAGCAACAAAAUUCUUAUGCAGCUACAAGCGGACAUUCUGUAUAUUCCAGUGGUGAAGCCCUCGAUGCCUGAGACAACGGCACUGGGAGCUGCCAUGGCCGCAGGGGCUGCAGAAGGAGUUGGUGUCUGGAGUCUAGAACCUGAGGAUUUGUCAGCAGUUACAAUGGAGCGGUUCGAACCACAGAUCAAUGCUGACGAAAGUGAAAUUCGUUAUUCUACAUGGAAAAAGGCUGUGAUGAAGUCAAUAGGUUGGGCUACAACUCGGCCUUUUGACAGAGGUGACCCUAGUAUCUUCUGUAGUCUGCCCUUGGGCUUUUUUAUAGUGAGUAGCAUGGUAAUGUUAAUCGGAGCAAGGUACAUCUCAGGUAUUCCAUAAACAAUACCAACUCAUGGAUUCCCAAGAUGUGUGAGCUUUUUACAUAAUGAGAGAAUCCAGCAAUUUUGCCUCUUAAUGUGAUGACACUAUUCAUAGACUGUGGCUUUAUUGAUAAGCCACUUGCUGCAUGACUCUUCAAGUAGACCUGUGCCUUGAAAUAAAAUGCAGCAGAAAGAAUGCUAUAGAAACAUCUGGUGUGUUUUUUAACUCAACAGUUAAUGUGCGGCUGACCCCCUCUAUUGCCAUAGUAUUCUGCACUAAUUCCCUUUAAGAUCUAGGAAGAAUUCAGAUCUGUUUAUGGAAUUUUUUAUCAAACAGACUGAAACACUGAUGGAUCGAGAUUUGAGUCUUUGCACUACACACAUUUAAUUAAGAGGUUAUUACUAACCGGGUAAAAUUGAGGGAUUUUUAAAAAACAGAUCCCAAAAGUUCUCUUUUCUGUGCCUUAGGGAGACCACAACAUCUUCACUGAAUGCCUAAUGGGAACCUGUCGUAAAUGGUUAAAAUGGAAAUUCAGUACUCUGAUAGCUUAGAUAUUUUACUGGAAAUUAUUUGCCAAAACUGAAAUUCUGCAGACAUUUUACACAGUCUCACUAGUUACACUGAAUUUGCUAACUGGAUCUUACGGGGAAGGACACUUUUUCCUCUUGUUUUUUGUUUUUCUUCUUUUCCAUCUCUCCUUUUUUUUUAUAUUUUUUACUUUGUGUGUUAACAGACAUGCCCAUAUGUUUCCUAUUAUGUGGGUAAAUUGAGAGCACAUUGUAUUCAAUAGGUUAUAACAGGGCUGGUGUUCAGUGGACCACUAUGUAUAUAAAUAUUUGGGGAAAAUGGUCAUAUACAUUUUGGGGCAAAGGUUAUGCACAUUAUUUACUAGAAGAAACUUUCUUAAAGAGCCAGCAUUUAAAAUUUAAGUUUAUGUUCUAUGCCAAUUAAAGACAAUGUACUUUACUGUGAAUUCAACUAUAUUUCUUAUACGUUGCCUGUUUAUUUAAUUGUCUUAUCUUGGAUGUAUGCUGAAAAAAGAAAAAACUGCAGUAAACAUUGUUUUCAAUCACAAGCUCUGGUCCAAAUAAAGUAGUCUCCCCCCCACCCUACUUAAUUUUAGACAUAUUUGGGGGCUGGGGGAGGGAUGAGAGUAUAUAAAAAAGAUGGAAAAAAACUUACAUUAAAAAACAAAAAAUUAGGAAUAAAGGCAAGAGUCUUUUUCAGUCCAAAUAUAUGUCUCCUGCCAGCAAGAAAUUAUAUUUUGUAUUCAGGAUGACAAUGAAUUAUCUCUGCUUCAUGUCAUAUUACAACUGGAAAAGCUUUACCACUAGAAAUGCCUUGUAGUGAAACCAAGAAUUUCUCAAACUAUUUAAUAGUACAUGUUAUAAGACUUCACCUAGUCCAGCUUAGCAUUGAUUUUUUUUUUUAAUAUUUUAAAAUUAGUUUGUUACUUUAAUACAGAAAACAAACUAUUGCCUCCUCGUUAUUUCUUCCAUCAGUGCAGAAGAUGAGGAAAGAUAAAAUAUAACAGGUUUUGGCAUUUUUUUUUUGAAUUCAUGGUAGCCUGCUGUUUAUAAAUUAUUCCAUCUCCUGUUUUUUUUUAAUGCAGCUGAUGCUUAAGUGAUGCAAUUAUUAUUGAAAGAUACUAGGCAAUUAUUACUUGGUGGCAAGAUACUUCGCGAUGUAAUUACAUUUUUACGAAGAUGGUUGAGUUAAUUGUAAAUGAUUUGUGAAAAUCACUGUUCAAAUAAUUUUAGGAUUAUAUUUUUGCUGUAAGUUGCAAGAUUUAUAAAUUACAUUCGAAAUCAGACAUGUUGAUAUUUUGAUGAUAAAUUUACUUAAUUGGUCCCUCAUUCUUACUUACAUUUCUCAUUUACAGACUAGAACUUAGAUCAAAAUUAAGAAAAGUGCCUCAGGAGAUGUGAAAUUCAGCUGUUAGCACUUGAUCAGGCACGUUCUGAAGAGUCAACCAACAGCUAGAGAAGUGGCUUCUGGAUAUGAUGGGCACUGUAAUCACUGUAUUAGAAGUGACUAUGUUGUCCCAUCUCAUCAUUUCCAGGAAAUAACCUUGGCAAGGCCUUUAGGGUCUCACAUGGCUAGCCAUGACCUUUUAUCAGAUUCACUCUGUGCUCCAGUUUCUCUCUACCUGGGACGGUCAGUCAUUCUCCUAACUCCAUAGCCAACACCUCAAUCUCAUUCUCCAUCUAAUCAGUAAAAUAAGUAAUGCAUCUAUCUAAAAAUGUUGUAGCGUGUUUCUUGUGAAGUAUAAAGUGCCCAAAGCUCUAUUUCUGGAAUAUUUAUGGAUGUUUUGUAUCAUGUAAGAGCCCUGAUAGUGCAGUUGUUAAGAACUCAGCUGCUAACCAAAAGGUCCGCAGUUCCAAUCCACCAGCAGCUUCUCGGAAACCCUGUGGGGCAGCUCUCCUCUGUCCUAUGGGGUCGCUAUAAGUUGGAAUCGACUCGAUGGCAGCCGGUUUGGUUUUUUGCUUUGUAUUGUGUGGCAAUGAAGAACGAGAACUACUUGGAAGAACUAUCAAAUGUAAGUUGCCAUAGCCACGAACACUUAACAGCAUUGGCCGUGGAGUAGGUAGUAUUUAACCUGGCGGUAUUUACCUAAUGGUAAAUACCAGAACAAGAUUGUUUUUUAACUGUAACUUUUUAAUAGCUUGUUUAAUAAUAUUUAAUGACGUUGACCUGGUCCUUUAUUCCUA